AUGAUUGGCAAUUAGCAGGAGCAAAAUGCCGAUUCAAAAGAAGAAGAAGAUCUAUUUUUUUCUAGAGUUAUGGAGUAUACAAACUCAAAAUUAUAGCAUUAGACAUAAGGAAAUUAGGUUUUUUUUAGAAGUUUUAGCAUGAGUCCUAAUCGCUUUUCUCAAAGAGAAAACUUACCAAAUUAAAAGAGUUUAAGGAAUUUCAUCCCUAGUUCAUCAGCACAAACAGGAGGUUUUUUUACUUCGAGAUAAAACCAAUAAAAAAGAGAUUAUAUAUAGCAGCUGAUAUCCAGCAGUUAAAAUUCUAAAGAAUAUUUUUAAAAAGUAAAUCAAACCAAUGGCAAUAUUAACAAGAUACAGACUACAGAUGUAGAUAAAGAAAACUAUUCAAAAAAAGAUUCUGAAUAAAAAGCAAUUUUGUUUCAGACUCCAAAUUAGUAGAUUACAAAUAAAAGUUAGGGAGAUAAUGAUGCCAUAAAUUUUGGGGAUGAAAAGCAAUUUUGCAUAAAUUCAAAGCAAACCAGUGUGAUAGGGGAAUAAAAAAUCUACUUUGCUCAGAAAAUUUAAGAUUAUACUUAAGAAUUAAAAGAUUUGAUAAAGAGUGUUUAGGAAAACAACAGCAUAGAAACAGUGCAUAAUAAAUUAAUUAGAGAAAUGAUUUAAAAGUAAUUUAGGAAUGUGGAAGCUAUUCCUGUUGAGAGUUAUUAUGAAAGUAUUUAGGAAUUCAAAGAUUAUUUUCAAAGUUAAUUACAUGAAAUAUAAAAAUGCAUAUAGCAAGUAACGAACUCCAACAAAUAAAUUAAAUAAUAUGAAGAUAAACUGAAAGCUUUUGUUGAGGAGUCUAAUCUCCAAAAUAAUAUUUCAGAAAAUAAUGAUUAUAAUUCUUUUAAUUUCUAAGAUAAUAUACAAUAACAUAGUUUUAAUCCAAACUAAUAGUAAAGUAGUAUAUAAGUUUAAAGCUUAAAUAGUAAAGAUGAACUGAAUAAUGGUGUUUUAUAAGAUAGCAUUUAAAAAGGUUAUAUUAAUAAUUUGAAUCAAGUGAGCAAAUAACUACAAUUGUAAGUUGAAAAACUUUUAAUGCAAUUGCAGAAACAGUUUGAGUAAAAAGAUGAAGAAAUUGACUUUCUAUUAGAGUAAUAAUCUAUUGAAAGAUAAGACUACUAGAGAUAGAUAAACUUAAAAUAGGAAGAAAUUAAUAUUGUUUUGUAAAACCAUAAUCAUUUGUCUAAUAUUUAUAGGGAAAAGGUUUAAAGCUUAGAACAAAUGAAUGUUAGUCUUUAGAAUCGUAUAGAAGACAUUCUAUUUUUAGGUUAAAAAAGAGAACAAUCACUUUAAGAAGAAGUUAAUUAGUUGAGAGAAGUGGUUAAAACUUUAGAAAAAUAUUUAUAAUUACCUGUUAAUUAACAGAAGCUAUCAAAAAAUUAAUUUGUUGAUGAUGUUUGCUGCUCAAAAUGUGGAAGUACUCAAAUUAUCUACAUGUAAAAAAUUAAUUUUUAGGAAAAGUAGUACCAAGGUGAACAUUUCUCAGAGAAGUCUAGUCAGUAGCUAGAAGUAAAGCGAUAAGGUAUUAUAAAAUAACCAAUAAUACUAACUUAAUCACAUUUUGAAAAAAAUCUUGAAUAGAUUCAACCAAUAAAUUAACUUGAUUAAAAUACCACCUCAACUGAUGAUAAUUCAGCUAAAAAAAGCAAGCAAAACAGGAGUAUAUUUUUGAAGAAGAGUUAAACUCCUUCAAAUAUAAUGAAGAAGCAGUUUUUCGUAGAUUCACAACUUAGUGAUAAAAAGGAAAGACCUAUUGCUUUAGAUCAAUAAAGCUAUCAAGAUAUUCCAGUAUAAUUAAAUAAUUUCUAAAAUGUCGAGUAAUAUCAAAGCUGUAAGCAGUUAUUAGACAAUAAAUAGUUGCUUUGUAGUGAUAUGCAAAUCACAUACAAUGAUUUAUAAAAAGAAUUUUAAGAACUUAAAAUGACACCAUUCAAUAUAAAAAUUGAUGUUUUAAGUGAAUAUUUUACUAAGAUUCUAAAUUGCUUGCAGUAAGAAAUAUAUGCAAAGAAUAAUAGUAUUUUAUACGAUUAAAUAAAAGAAUUUAAUAAAUAAAUGGUGGUUUAAAUAGAAAAUUUUUAUUAAAAGUUAAACCUUUUUUCAGAAUCAUUUGAUUAAAAAGUUGAGGGAUUUAAACAAAGAGUUGAGUAAUUUGAAAAUCUUACAAAGUAUCCAAAAGUUUCUAAGAAUUAAAUUAUGUGCAAUUAAUCUAAUUAAGAGAUAAAAUCUUAAAUAAAUUUAAAUGAAAACAAUUAGACUGUGUCGAAAGAAGAAUUUAAUUCUUUCUUGAAAGAUAAAAUUCAAUAAUAAAAUGCCAAUCUGUAAUUGAAAACUUUUAAUUUAGAAUAUUUGGAAAAAUCUUUCUCUGAAAUUAAUUAAUUCAUUGAAAAAAUCCUUUAAGAUAAUCAAGGAUAAAUAAAAGAAUUUAAGCUACCAUAAGAAGUAACCAUUAAGCUAUAGUAAAAUAUAGAUAGAUUGUUAUCAAUAUAAGCCAAUACAUAAGGUGAAAAAGAUCAUAAUGACAUUCAUAGAUAUUACUAAAAUGUAAAUUAAACAGACAAAUAAUAUUUUAUUCAAAGCCAAUAAUAAAAUUUAAUAAAUAAUGAUAAAUCAGAUUUAACGAAUUAUUUAAGAAUAGAGGACUCAAAUUAAGAUCAUGAAUUGUAGUACUAAGAUGAUUUAAAAGUAAACUUUUAGUAAGCAGAGUUGUUGGGAAAUAGAGAUCAUAUUAAAUUUAACGAUAAAAUACUGGAUAACAGCUAACUGAAAAAUGAUGGAAUGAAUAUGAACAUUCUAAAUAAUAUUUCUAUUUAAACUUCUUAAUAAUCAAGCCAUCAAUUAAUGGAACUAUAAAAAGAGAAAAGCACUUACAGUGAAAACUAAAGUCAAUAAACUUCAAAUAAAAAAUCAAAUAUAUUCAAAUAAAAUAAUAAUAAAAUAUUUUAAGCAAAAUUAAUUAAAGAAAAUAAAUAAAUUCAACAAGAUAUAAAUUAGCUAAUAAAUGUUUAGCUAACAUUAAUUUAGUAAGAAUGCAGAGAAAUUUUGUAUAAAGUUAAUGAAAAAUUUGCAUUAUUUACUUAGUAAUCAUCUCAAUUUAAUGACUUUUCAGAGUUUUACAAAAUCCUUUCACAAAUAUUAGAAGAGUUAAAAGUGUGUAAAAUGAAUGACUAAAAAAGAUACAGUCUAGAUGCUAAAGUGAAUGAGGCUAUCAUGAAAGAAAAUUCCAUUUUGAAGAAUUAACUUCAAGAACAAAAAGAAUACUAUGACAAAGAAUUAGAAUCUGCCAUUUAAAAUUUAAUUCUACAUUAAGAAUUUUUUGAAGAAAAGAAGAAGAUAUAUGAAAAUAUGAACCAAUAGUACAAAGCGUCUAUUUCAUUAUUUAAUUCAGAAAUAAAAAGAAGAAAUAAUUAAGUGAUGAGUAACUUUGAUCUGCUUAAUGACAGCUUGAUUUAAAUACAGAAUAAUAUUCAAAGCAUAAUGAGAAUAGAAAAAAAAAUUUUAGUUAAUUCUUCUAAAGAAAAUAAUGGAACAUUUGUAGCUGUGGAAGCAGUUAGAAACGAAAUAUAAAAUAUCUUCUCAAUAUAAAUUAAAAAAUUGAAUAAUUUUAUUUCAAUUAAAAAGAAAAUCUUAGACAAAUUCAACAGGAUUGAAGCUCAUGAAGGUUUGAUCACUCAUUAUAAAUUAAAAGGGAAGGUAGAAUAAUUGUAUUAAAAUAUUUAGAGGUUUGAAAAAUAAAAUGACUUUUUAGAAAUAAAAUUAACAGAAGAAAAAAAAGGAUGCAAAUACCUUAUUAAAAUGUAAUAAUAAUAUUACGAAUCACUUUUCAAUUAUUUAAACUCAAGUAAUAACUAAUGA